CCAACAAGUCAUCACCGUCUUCCGAACGCCACUGUAUCUGCCAGCACAGGCAGCAUGCUCGCCCCCCCGGUCAGCUCUAUUCCCGUCGGGACUCUCCUCCUCACAGUUUUCCAGUCCAUCGCAGAAGUCGUCCUUCUUUGUAUUGCAGGCUACGUGCUUGCCUCCACUGGUGUAACGGACAAGGCGACGCAGCGCAAGCUCAACGUCAUCAAUGUCUCGCUCUUCACCCCCGCCCUGCUCUUCAGCAAGGUGGCGUUUAGCCUUACGCCUGCCAAGCUGAAGGAGAUGUGGAUUAUCCCACUAAGCUUUGUCGUCAUCACCGGCGUGUCCGCCCUCGUCGCUUGGGUCCUGUCCAAGGUUUUCAAGCUCAAGAAGUCGCAGACCGCCUUCGCUAUUUGCGCCGCCAUGUUCCAGAACUCGAACUCGCUGCCCAUCGCGCUCGUCCAGUCGCUCGUCGGCGUCGUUCCAGGCCUCAAGUGGGGCAAGGACGACUCGAAGGACGCUAUGCUCGGUCGCGCUCUGACCUACAUGGUGCUGUACUCGACGCUGGGCAUGGUGCUGCGUUGGUCGUACGGUGUCAAGCUCCUUGCGUCCGCGGACGACGAAGAACCUGCACUUCCCCUCACCUCCGAGCCCGAAAGCCACGUUCAGAACGUCGUGGUCGCGUCGCCGACUACUACCACUGGACAGCCUAUCAAUAUGCUCUCCCCUGAGCCCAUGGGGCGCGAAGACCCCUUCAACUCUCUCGAGGCGCUGGCUGCAAGCAACCGCGCCUCUGUUCCCGUUCCCCGUGGUCUCAGUGGGGCCCGCGGUCGCGCCAUGAGCGGUGAAAGCGAGCAGCGCCCUGGCUCCCUCCCAAUCUCGCCUAGCCCUCUGGGCCGGAGCCCGCGCGCGUUCUCUCCCGCUGGCCCUCGCCAGCGUCGCGGAAGUGCGCUGAGCCGUUCAUCGAGCCGCUCGCGCCUGCCGUCUAGAGCCGACUCGGGGCGCGACUUCUGGAACUUGCCUGCCGAGCAGACGCGGCGGCAUGAACUAGUGGACUUGGCUGAGGACAGCUCUGAGUCCGAGGCCGAGGACGCAGACGAGUGGGGUGGACCUGAAAUGCCUCUACUCCGACGCCGCAUCUCCCCCUCGGCGCCAUUCGUGAAGCGCGCCGUGGUUCGCGCUCGCGUAGUUGCCCUCAACGCGUGGAAUGGGUUCUACGCUUUCAUGACGGUGCCGACUUGGGCCGCCCUCAUCUCAAUCAUUAUCGCGCUCAUUCCGCCCCUCCAAGCCUUUGUGUCGGGCAUACACCCCUUUGUCGCCGCCAUCAAGUCGGCCGGCCAGUGCUCCAUCCCUGUGACGUUGGUCGUUUUGGGUGCGUUCUUCUACACGCCCCCGCAGGCCGUGCAGCUCCCCGACGAGAUUGACCGCACGCUCAAGGGCUACAUCGAGCGCAAGAUCCGCGCUCUCAAAACGCGCGAGAAGAGCAACGCGUACGAGGGCGAGAACCGCGCCGUUUUCGUCGCUGUCGUGUCCCGCAUGAUCCUCGUGCCUCUCCUCUUCCUCCCCGCCAUUGCGUACAUCGCGCGCACCGACCCCUUCCCCGCUGCGGCGGACCCCGUGUUCAUUCUCUGCUCCGUGCUUCUUGUGUCGAGCCCACCCGCGCUCACCCUUGCGCAGCUCACCCAGGCUGCCAGCGGGGAUGCGUUCGAGCGCCUCAUCUCCAAGACAAUCUCUUGGUCGUACGCCGUCCUUACCCCGCCCCUCACGAUCGCGUACGUCGUCAUUGGGCUCGUGUUCUCCAAGCUGUAGCCCCCGUGCAGCUCGCGUGUGUCAGGUCUUGCUCUGUUCUCCUUCAGUGACAGUAGUAGUGUAGCCGUUGCGUGUCGUGUCGUCGCGGUAGCCUUUAUGCAUAGCUUAUUCCAA